GGCAAGUCAUAAUUGAUUCAUAGAUAUUUUAAAGCGAUCAUUAAUUCUAGAGACCACACACACGCUUCGCAUACACUUUCUUGCUCACGCAAGUGUACAUAUAGAAUCAACAAGUACAUCGAUGGAGGCCCCAGACCCAGCUAAUGUCCGAAUAAUCACCACUCUCGGGCAUGUCGAUCACGGAAAGACUACACUGAUGGACGCCCUUCUCGCGGCAAACAACAUUAUUUCUCAUCGGAUGGCAGGGAAAUUGAGGUUUCUUGAUAGUAGAGAGGAUGAGCAGGAGCGCGGGAUCACGAUGGAAAGCAGCGCAGUAUCGCUCAAGUUUCAGGUCAUGGGGCGACCUGACGAAGAAAGGUCCCAAAAGACAUAUAUCGUGAAUAUGAUUGAUACCCCAGGACACGUGGAUUUCUCGAGUGAAGUCUCCACAGCGUCUCGGUUGUGUGACGGUGCACUGGUCCUCGUUGAUGUUGUUGAAGGUGUGUGCACGCAGACUAUUGCUGUGCUUAGACAGGCAUGGGAGGAUAACCUCCGCCCGAUACUCGUCAUCAAUAAAAUGGAUAGACUUAUCACGGAGCUGAAGCUGGUGCCCACCGAAGCUUACCAGCACCUUUCGCGGCUAAUCGAACAAGUGAAUGCUGUUAUGGGCAGUUUUUUUGCAAGUGAAUUAAUGGAGGACGAUCUCCGAUGGAGGGAAGAGCGCGAUCGACGACUUGCUGAAAAGAAGGAUCAACUUGCGGAUGAAGCCGAAGCAUCAGCCAAUGACACAGAUGACUUCAAGGAGAAAGACGACGAAGAUAUCUACUUCGCUCCGGAGCGGGGAGUUGGGAACUUCGCCCAGCUUUAUUCUGCAAAGCUCGGUUUCAAGGAAGCCAAUCUAAGGCGCGUUUUGUGGGGCGACUUCUAUCUCGAUCCCAAAACCAAGAAAGUUAUCAGUCACAAGCAUCUUCGUGGACGCGCACUGAAGCCAUUGUUUGUCCAAUUUGUGCUGGAGAACAUCUGGGCGGUCUAUGAUGCCGUUGUGAUGAACCCGAACACAGAGAAAGUGACCAAGAUUGUAACAGCUCUUAAUCUGAAGAUUUUACCUCGGGAUCUGAGGUCAAAAGACAGUCGGCAGUUGCUGUCCACGAUUUUUACACAGUGGCUUUCACUGUCAACGUGCAUCAUUCAAGCGACUAUUGAUGUCGUCCCUUCCCCUCCUGCUGCCCAGGCCAUUCGCAUCCCCAAAAUGCUUUAUCCUAAUGUAUUCGACAAGAGCAUACAGCCCAAGAACAAGUUAGAGCAGGAUCUCUUCACGUCCAACUUCGCGCCAGACGCGGUUGUAGUUGCAUAUGUAAGCAAAAUGUUCGCUGUUGCAGCCAAAGAACUUCCGGAAAACAAAAAACGGGCUGUGACAGCGGACGAGCUACGCCAGCGGGCGCGAGAUGCCAAAGAAGCACGGGAUAACAGCGUUUCGGUCUCAGAGACUCCGGACCCUCCCCGUGCAGCCCCAGAAUCUCCUCCUAGUACGGCUCUAGGAGAAACGCUAGGCGUUUCUGAGGAGUCUGAAAUUAUCCUCGGCUUUGCACGACUGUAUUCGGGGACGAUACAUACUGGCUCCACCAUAUACUGCGUGCUACCCAAGUAUAACACCUCCCUUCCUCCAAAUCACGCUCAUAAUGUUGCACAUCUUAUUCCGGCCAAGGUUGAAGGAUUGUACGUGAUGAUGGGCCGGGAGCUUAUCCCCGUGGACUGUGUCAGGGCAGGAAACACCUUUGCAAUCAAGGGAUUGGGAGGCAAGGUCACAGGCGUUCCAGAGGGUAUGGAUCCUGUCCAAGUGCAAGAUAGUCUCAUCAACAUUGGUGGCGUUACUCGCACGGUAUCCCCUAUUGUACGGGUUGCGCUUGAACCUGUCAUCCCUUCUGAUAUGCCCAAACUUGUCGCUGGGAUGAAACUCCUCGCUCAAGCUGAUCCCUGCGUCGAAACAUUCCAGCAACAGACUGGGGAACAUGUAAUUCUGACCGCAGGAGAGUUACACCUGGAGAGAUGUCUGAAAGACUUGCGAGAGAGAUUCGCUCGUGUGGAGAUUCAGGCGUCUAAACCAAUCGUUCCUUUCCGCGAAACAGCUGUGAAAGGCCAAGAUAUGGCACCCUCGAAGACGCCAAAUGCUGCCCGUGGAACAAUCAAGGGUGCAAGCACACAGAACUUGGUCACCUUUUCGAUUCGCUCGGCGCCUGUCCCCGAUGUUAUCGUACAAUUCUUGCUGCAUAAUUUAACGACUCUCAGAGUAUUGCAACAAGACGGUCACACAGACAGAGAUACCGCCGGCAGCAGUAUCGACAUUGUUUCUGAGAGCGAACCGGUCGGUGUUCAAGGCGAUGUUCUCCAUACUCCAAGUGUUAGAGCAGACCAAUUCUGGAGUGCACUAGAAGAAAAGUGCAACGAAGCUGGUGGGGAUUGGGUGAAUAUCAGCGACAGAAUCUGGUCAUUUGGUCCCCGUCACGCUGGUAGCUGCAUUCUUAUUGAUUAUCGCAAAGAUACCACACCGUUAUCGCUAAGGCGUCGCCUCUCACGCAAUCAUCCAGCUCAACCCACAAAUACAUCCGACAAUAAUGUUGAUUUCACGGGCUAUGUUGAGACAGGCUUCCAGCUAGCUAUGUUCCAAGGACCGUUGUGUGCUGAGCCUGUCGAAGGGAUGGCCUAUUUUGUUGAAUCAAUUGACGUUGAUGCCGAUGGCGUCCAGAAGGAGAUUGUCCAGAAUAGGUUAUCGCAAGUUACGGGCUCCGUGAUAUCGGCAGUGAGAGAUGCCUGCAGAAAUGGAUUGCUUGAUUGGUCCCCUAGGCUUAUGCUGGCGAUAUAUUCGUGUGAUAUUCAAGCCUCAACGGAUGUCCUUGGGAAAGUCUAUGGAGUGGUUGCGAAACGACGUGGUCGAAUUGUGGCAGAAGAGAUGAAGGAAGGGACUACAUUCUUCACAGUAUCUGCUCUUCUUCCAGUUGUGGAGAGUUUUGGUUUCGCAGAUGAUAUACGCAAACGGACGUCUGGUGCUGCAAGCCCACAACUAAUUUUCAGCGGAUAUGAAUUGCUUGAUCAAGAUCCCUUCUGGAUACCAACAACUGAGGAAGAGCUGGAAGACCUGGGUGAGAAAGCAGAUCGAGACAAUAUAGCGAAAGGUUAUAUGGACAGCGUGCGAGAGCGGAAAGGAAUGUUUGUUGAUCGAAAAAUUGUGCAGUUCGCGGAGAAGCAAAGGACCCUGAAGCGGUGAGAUCGGUAGACUUUGCUAUCAGUGCUGUACCGAGUUCCUUGGCACGUAGUCUGCGAUAACGCAUUGUGUGAUUACGUAACAGUCCGUUGUGAAGGCAUACGGCUCAUCUUAGCUAGCUGAGUUGACUUCCCUCCGCUUCCGC